AUGGUUAAGGAGUACAAGAAUGUCAGUUUUCCUAACAAGACUUUUCGUUUAAAAUCGAUAUCUUCCUUGGUUAGGAAGGAUGAUAUUGAUGAGAAGAUGCGCAUAGAUGUGAUUGGAAGGGUCACUGAAAUCUAUUUUCCAGUGGAGAGGGUUGUAGCAGGACAGAGAGCUAGGCUCAUUGAUUUUGUUUUGGAAGAUAUCAAUCAAGAUCAGAUUCAAUGUACUCUUUGGGGGGAUCAUGUGAACAGUUUGUUGCCUAUUUAUAGCUCAACAGUCACUGAAGAACCAAUGGAGAUGUGCACAUAUCAACUUCAUUUAAUGCAACAAAAAUUUGGAUCAAUCAGAAAAAUGCCAGAUUUUGAGGAGUUUAAGAAAAGUUUAAGUCUGUCAUCUGGCAGAACUCCAUUAAGAAAGUUGGACUCAAGCUCUAGACUACCUGGAUUUAGGUCAAAUCGUAACAGUCUGAGUGAUGAUAUUGUUGUAACUUCUCUAAGUGAGAUUUACCACAGGAAGGAGUAUUGGGUGGCUGUUAGGAUUAUGGAUGUUGACAGUUCAGAUGGUUGGUAUUACAUGUCUUGUAAGGGAACUAACUGUGGGAAAAAGAUAACUCCAAGAGAAGGUUUGAUGUACUGCUCUAAGUGUGAUCGUAGCUGGCAUGAGGGGGCUGUCAAGUAUAAGGUGGUUGUUCGUGUAACCGACAGUACAUGUGAAGCACCCACUAGUACAAAAAUGGACAUAGAAGACUCACAUUUAGCUACUGUUGUUAUAAGAACGGUGGUGUAUUCUUAA